ACAAACACUUUACCUCUUAUUUGCCUUUCAUUUAACAGGGAAUGGAAUUAAAGGGGCAAAUGAUUCACUGCCCCGAAACACAUUGUCUGCUCUUUUUGGGCUCACCUAUCGUUAAAGGUCUACAAUCCAUGACCAGCAGAGGACUCUAUAUAUCCGAUAUACCCAUUCAUGACGCCACCCGAGACCUAAUACUGAUUGAAGAGCAGUCUCGGGCUCAGGAGAGUCUGAAGCGACGAAUGGAUAAACUGAAGAAUACGAUACAGUCGGCCAAUCAGGCCGUGGAGAUCGAGCGCAAGAAGAACGUGGAUCUCCUGAACCUCAUAUUCCCGGCAAAUGUG